CCUCUCGGCGAUCUCAUUGAGAGCAUCACCAGAGAUGACCUGGAUGUCACUCAAUACGAGUCCGACCGUGCAGAGAUCUCAAAUACAACGCUCAUUGCGUCCUACAACUGGGUCAGCGCAUCAUCGCCAGAGAUCAUUGUCCCAGGUCAACCUCCCAGAUGGACGCCUCCCAGAGUCUCAAGACGACUCCCCUGGGACACCGGCGAAUAUUACCGUGACAUGAACGCUGCUUCAUACCCGAAGCACCCUUUGGAGCCAGCCAUUAUCUCGGUGAUGAAGAUGAAUCCCAAGCCCAUGCCCGUCAACAUUGUCGCUUGUGGCAGCACAAUCGGCAACCUCUUGCGCUUCGUUAGAGGCGUUGACCUGGACCGCCCAUUCCGCAUUCUUGUCGAACUCGUCGGCGAUACUGUACAUCUCAUCCGGCGAGAGAACUCUCCCAAAGAGCUGAUUCCAGGAGUCAGAGGUUAUGGCCAUACCUUUCCAGACGCAUACACCACUUGGGACCCUGCUGUCAGGCGAUCCACAUCCCAUCAGAGAAUCAUGGCGUACCGUUUUGGCGGUCUUGACAUGAUGGUCCGAUUCGAAGGUGAUGGCUUCAUCAAGGAGUCCAAAUCACAGCGACGACAAAGCCGUCCGUUUACAGUAGCAGCCGCCCUCGCUGACAUCAAGGGCCUAGCUCUCACCAAGCCUCUGCCAACUUUGACAUGCGAUCUCAAGGUCUCUGAAGAAGGUGAAACUGUCCCUCAAGAGGCCAUCUUUGACCUCAAGACUCGAUCAGUCGUGGCUAGAUCCAGGGACACUCUCGGUGAUCAGCUCCCACGCUUGUGGAUUUCUCAGGUCACGCAGUUUAUCCUUGCGUACCACGAGAAGGGUCAUUUUCAGAACGAAAACAUCGAGAUCAAGAAUGUCAGGGAUGACAUUGAUAAGUGGGAAGAGCUCAACCAGCCAUCGCUUAAGCGACUCGUGGCUCUACUCCACCUCAUCAUCGACCGCGCGCGUGCAUCCGGUGGCAAGAUUGAGCUGGUGUGGUCAACUGACGGUCCUCUCGAGAUUCGCAAGCAGCUGUCGGGCGCGGGCGAUGUCCUUUCUGCGUCUGUCAGAAAGGAAUGGGAGGCCUGGCUGGGCAAUGAGGACGUCAAGGGUUCAAGCUUGGAGAAGAGGGACUCGAAGCUUGACCUGACGGAUCCGACACGUUGGGAAGAGUUCCUGGCCACGCUUUCUGAUAGCGAUGGGGAGAUGAGUGAUUACACGGCAUGCGAUCAAGAGUGCGGAUAUUGCGGGAAGUGUAGG